CGAGGCACUCAAACCCUAUUUUUUUAGCCUCUCCUGUUUUUUGCCGUUCUCGGUGGUGCAUCGCAGAAAAAAACUCAUCGCCGUCCUCCGCUGCCCUUUUUUCGUUCCACGCCGUGACCAGAGCAGCGGCUUCGAUUCUCCAUCGCCGCCAUCACCGGCUUCGAUUCUCCAUAACCGGUCUCCAUCCCCAUAUUCUCUUUUCGGAAAUUUCAGAUUCCCACAAAUCAGUUUCUUACUUGGGACUCAAUGGAUUGGGCUUAGGGCUACGUUUCCAGCCGGAAGGUUGUGGAGCGCGAUGGGUAUGCGAUCGCUUCUGCCAUACAAACGUGUUCAUGCAAAUGAAAUCGAGGAAGAGCUUGUGGGCGCAGAUUGUUCGUCCAGCUUAUCCCAAGUUCUAUGUCAAAUCUAAUCUAGACAAUUGGGUCAAAGAUCAAAAGAAAAAGGCUCCGGCAGGCGACCUCAAGAGGAUUCUGCUCACACUCCGCAAUCAUGGGCGCUUCUACCAAGCUCUACAGGUUUAUGAAUGGAUGAGAAAGAAAAGUAUUUACAGAUUCUCAUCUAGUGACCAUGUUGUCCAGUUCAACUUGAUUCGUAAUGUUCGAGGAUGUUAUGCUGCUGAGCGCUAUGUCAGGAACUUGCCAAAACCAGCUAGAAAUGGCAAGACAUAUGCAAAACUCCUUUAUUGUUAUGUGCGUGAAAAUGGAGGUGACAUAGGGAGAAGUCCUUUAUUGCAUCUUCAGAAGAUGAAAGAGUUGGAUUUUGCAUUGUCGCCUCGCCCGUUCAAUGAAAUCAUGCGCAUUUGUGCCCGAGACCCUGAGGUUGUCCUUGAGGUGUUGGCCGAGCUGAAAAAGAGCAACAUUUCACCUGAUAAUGAUAGCUAUAGAAUCUGCAUUAGUUCAUUUGGGAAAAAACAUGAUCUGGAUAGGAUGGAGAGAAUAAUGAGAGAAAUGGAAACUCAACCCCACAUUGUCAUGGACUGGUGUACUUAUGCCGUGGUAGCCAAGUUCUAUGAAAGAGAAUGUCUUGUAGAUAAGGCCACCGGUGCUCUUGAAAAGGCGAGGGUGAUAUUACAAAAGAAGGAUACUAGAAGAAAAGGCCCCAAUUAUCUGUUAGCAACUGAUUAUGAGAAUGUGAUAAGCACACUGGUGAAGCUUGAUGAGUUAGAUGAGGCUAUAAAGUUCUUCAGGGAGUGGGAAGUACUUGGUUAUUGGUGGAAAGUGGAGGAUACUAGCAUUCCUUAUACAAUUAUUGAGGAGUACAUCAAAAUUGGUAAAUUACGAGAGGCGUUUUAUAAUAUCGAGGCAUGGUCUAGAAAAGGGAAGAUUGGUGUCGUUAUUCUUUCACGCUUACUUUGUAAAGAAUACCUUAAAGCAGGUAAUGUGAUUCAAGCAUUUAACUGCUUUCGGGGAACUCACCAUGCUUUUGAAGUUCACCCAACUGUUGCAAUGUUGUUUUUCGAAUACCUUGAAGAAGAAUGUGGAUUAGUUAAACCUGCUGCGGUGCAACACGAGAAAUCGACUCAAGCCUUAAUAAAUUUGGAUUGCAAAAGUAUUACCAAGCCACUAGUUGAGUUAAAUGAGGCCAUGAAGAUGGUGACAGAGUGGGAAGCAUGUGGCAAUUGGCGCGGUCCCAAUUAUUUGAACAAUCUUAAGCUCAUCAUGGAGGGAUAUUGCAAGAAUUCCCUCUUUACAGAAGCAGAAGCAAUGGCAGAAGCUUGGACAAGAGAAAAAAGGCAUCAGGUUGCAGAAGUUUGGUUUGUACUAGCUUCGCAUUACCAGCUUCAUGGUAAAAUGGUAAAAGGAUUCGAGUGCAUGAGAAGGUUUUUUAGUUUAACACCGGGACUCAAGGGCAAUUACAGUAUGAUGUUUUGGAUGUUUAUGAAUGGCAUUGAAUAUUCAAGAGGCACGAAUAAUGCUCGGGGAGAGCUACUUCGAGAGUACAGUUAACAACAAAAUGCAUCCAUCAUUUCUCAUAUUAUUACUCUAUGGAGUCAAUGAUUCAUUAUUUUUGGCUAUGGGAUAUGAUGAAACAAAACAAAAUUGCUCUUUAAAUUCUGGACGCUUCUUUUAAUAGUGAAGUAGCAACUAAUUAAUGCAAUUUUCAACG